CUUUGAACCCUAUUGAGCAAGAGAAAUCGCAGAUCACAAAUCCUAGCUCUCUGAUCGCUGCUCGCCACCCGCAGCUCGUCGUCUGCUGCUCGCCUCCUAUUGCUCACCGCCUGCUACUCUUCAUUGCCUUUGCCGGAAGUCCUCGCAAAUCGCAACAUCGUUCAAGUUAGUCUCUCUCUCUCACUCUGCAAUUUCGUGAAAGGCAAAUAGCCCUAAGAUUGUAACUGCACCCCCUUUCUACUGCCUGCAACCUCCCUGCAACUCUCCUACCGCCUAUUGUCUGUUGUCCUCUUUCUCUGGCAUCUUCUUCUCAUGUUGAACUGGUGAGAGAGUUUCAAAUUUCAUUCCAGAGAUACCCAUUACCCAUAAACCUCAUCUAAUCCAAUGUUCAACAGGUUCAUGUAAUUAACAGCCAUCCUUUGCCAGACUUCUAACUCUAAAAUCUAAAUAAGAACAACGGCAACAAGACUUCCGUUUCCAUUUUCAAUCAGCAAAAAUAAAUAAUAGUUGAAUUGAUCAUUGUUAUAUAGAUUCAAACUAACAAAAAAUUAGUCAUUAACUUGAAUAAUAAUGUCUCUUAGCACUUCAAACUUCCAAAGUUCAAAGACGAAAAACCAUCAAAUUUAAGAGCUUUUGCUUGACCAAAUGUUCUGUAUAACCAUUAAAGCCUACAAGUUCAAAGCAACAUAAAAGUUGAUACUUUUUUUUCUUUUCAUUUCUGCUUAUGGAAGAGGGAGAAGCGAAUGAAAAAGGAACUUGCAAUGUGCUCGUAUGUCGAAGAUCUAAUUCCAUUCUUGAGUUAAAUACUUGAAAUCUCAGAAAAAAGAUGGAAGAUUUUCUUCUCAGAAGAAAGCAGAGGAUUGAUUUCCCCUCUUUCUUCAUUUGUGAUUGUAUUUGGCAGAAAUAGUUAUUGAUAGAGAUUUACCGCCAGGGAGUUGCACGCUUGGAGGCUUUAGCAGGAGAUUCCAACUCGCCAAGGAGAAGAAAGAAGUGACACGUUUUAUGGUUCAUCCAAGGAGUGAUGUUCUUGUUUGGCAAGAUAAAUUUGUUUCACCAAUAAAUUAACAUCUGGGUAUUUGAUUCUCUGACGGGAAAGUGAAAAAAUGCUAUGUGUUAGGAAAUUGAGGUAUCUUUUUACUCCAACUUCCUCAGCUUUAGCUUCCUUGAUAGUACAAGUCAACAGCAUUGAGGUUUCCCCAUGUCAGCCUUGGGCUUCUUUGAGCCACAGGUCGCUGUUUUUGUUCAUGGACUCAUGCCCCUCCAACAGCUUAAAGAUUCAAACUUUUGUUGGGAAUUUAAUGAAUGGACUCAUCGGCCUAUCGGCAGUCUCUUUCUCUACUAUGGGUGAGAGAAUCCUGGUCCAGGCUCGAGACCCGUCGAGAAUAUGUGCGGAACUAGUAGAUGCACUUGAUGAGAGCAGGUUUGAUGUUGCAUGGAAGUUGCAUCAGCAGUACAUGCAAAUGGAAGGGCUUCCUAGGAAAUCUGUUCUGAACAAGCUUCUCACAUGUUUUGCAGAAAGACAGGAUCUUCAUUGGCUUGAGAAAGCUUACAGUUUGGUGGAACUUGUUUUUGAGAAGGGUAAACCUGACUUGUUUGAGAAGGAGACUCUGAUAUUUCUUGCUUUCAUUCUUGCAAGGCAUAGAUUGCCGGUUCCUGCAUCAACUGUUUUGAGAAAAUUGGUAGAAAUGGAAGAAUACCCACCUGUAAAUGCAUGGUCGGCUGUCAUUGCCAACAUGUCACAGACAGCACCUGGGGCUUACCUUGCUGCGGAGUUGGUUCUUGAGAUUGGGUACUUGUUUCAGGAUAACAGGGUGGAUCCAAGAAAGAAGAGCAACCGACCUUUACUCGCUAUGAAGCCUAAUACUACUGUUUAUAACAUUGCUAUGGCUGGGUGUUUGUUAUUUGGGACAACUAGAAAAGCCGAGCAGCUUCUUGAAGUGAUGCCUCGAGUUGGUGUGAAAGCUGAUGCUUCUUUACUUAUCAUAAUGGCACACAUUUAUGAAAGAAAUGGACGUCGAGAAGAACUCAAAAAGCUUAAGAGACACUUAGAUGAAGGGUGUAGCCUGGGGGAUGUCCAGUUUCAGCAGUUCUACAAUUGUUUGUUGACAUGCCAUUUGAAUUUUGGGGACUUGGUUUCUGCAUCUCAGAUAGUCUUGGAAAUGCUUAGGAAGGCAAAGGAAGCACAAAACUCGCUUUCUGCUGCAACCCUUGUGCUCCAAACAGCUGGCACGGCUAAAUCCUUUCCUCUUGCACAAAGUUCUAACCCUGCAACAUUAGAUGGUUUAUGUGAUCCUAGAUCAAUUGAACAGCUUGUCCCACCUUAUGAAGAGUUCUCUAAAGAGAGAAAUUUUUUAUUACUUGAAAAUGAAGCCAAAGAAACACUGGAUGUAUUGUUAGAGAAAUUGCACACCAGAAUAGAGCUAGUUACAUCUGAAGGUGGUAUUCUCCGACCAACUGAGAGAAUUUAUGCCAAACUAGUUAAGGCAUAUCUUGAGGCAGACAAGGUUAAGGAUUUGGCCGAGUUUCUUAACAGGGCAGCAAAAGAGGAUGUCCCAGUCUCCACUGGGAAUUCUGCUGUCAUUCAUGUGAUUAAUGCAUGCAUCUCACUUGGGUGGUUGGACCAGGCACAUGACCUGCUUGACGAAAUGCGAUUAGCUGGUGUAAGAACUGGCUCCUCUUUGUACUCUUCCCUCCUAAAAGCUUAUUGUGAAGCAAACCGACCAAGAGAGGUCGAAUCUGUUCUAAGAGAUGCUCGUAAAGCCGGGAUCCAGCUGGAUUCGAGCUGCUACGAGGCUAUGAUCCAAUGUAAGGUUCUUCAGAAAGAUACCCAAGGUGCUCUUUAUAUAUUCAAAGAGAUGAAAGAAGCCAAGAUAUCAAAAUCUGUUCAUCAAGAAUUUGAUAUGCUAGUGCAGAGUUGUGCGGAGAGCAAGGAAGCAGGGUUGAUGGCGAAGUUGUUGGAAGAGAUUAAAGAAGGGCAGAGGGUAGACUGUGGGGUCCAUGAUUGGAAUAGUGUAAUCCAUUUCUUCUGUAGGAAGAGAUUGAUGCAUGAUGCUGAGAAGGCUUUGAAGAAAAUGAGGGCUCUGGGGCAUGUCCCAAAUGCACAGACUUUUCAUUCUAUGGUCACCGGGUAUGCUGCUAUAGGAGGUAAGUACCUGGAAGUAACAGAGCUAUGGGGUGAGAUGAAGGUUCUUGCUGUUUCUAGCUCAAUGAAGUUUGAUCAGGAGCUCCUGGAUUCCUUACUUUACACCUUUGUGAGGGGUGGGUUUUUCUUGAGAGCAAAUGAAGUUGUGGAGAUGAUGGAGGAAGGGAAGAUGUUUGUGGAUAAGUACAAGUACAGGAACCUCUUCUUGAAGUACCACAAAACUGCUUACAAGAAGAAGGCUCCUAAGAUCCAGACAGAAGCCCAGUGUAAGAGGAGGGAAGCAGCAUUGGCCUUUAAGAAAUGGGUUGGCUUAGUCUAAUUACCAACUAUAUUCACUGGUUGAGUAUGAAGCUGUUGCUAUUUUUCAAUUUGCAACAAGCAGCUACUAUCAACUUUCCUAAACAAUGUUUGAAGGUGAAGAAUGUGGAAAUGAAUACUUAACCUCAUCAUGUCUUGCCAAGCCCACACACAUAUUAGAAGAGAUGCAAAUUCCUCUUGGCUAAAUGUGGCUAUCAUGAGAACUAGUGAAUAUGGGUAAUUCACCAAAUNAC